AUGUUCAGAAGCGCUUUCUCGCCAGUGCUGAAGCAGUCUGCGAGGUUUCAGUCAAACCAUGCCGCUGGUGAAGCCUCAAAUGUUGCGAAGAAGUUGCCUAUCAAUGUUGAGGCAGUGUACCAUGCGCCAUUGAGGGUGCCCGUCAAACACGGAGAUCUCAUAGCCGAUCUCCAAUUGCGGUCCUACGACCACGAGAAUUUAGACUUUUUCUCUGAUUUUAUUCUUAGAGCGGGCUUCUACCUUGGAAUGCCACUGACAGGGCCAAAACCUUUGCCUACCAGAAGAGAGAGAUGGACAGUAAUAAGGUCGCCGUUUGCUCAGGCCAAGUCCAAGGAGAAUUUUGAGAGACACACGCACAAGAGACUCGUUCGAGUUUGGGAUACCAACCCUGAAGUUGUAGAGCUAUGGCUAAGUUAUAUCUCAAAGUACUCGAUACCAGGAGUUGGAAUGAAAUGUAACCUUUACAAAAAGGAAGGCUUGAAACUCUCGCAGGGCCCGGAGCAGAGCACCCUGUUGGCCUCUCCAGAAAGAUCGAAAUCCCUUGAUGAAGCUGUUGGGGAGAAGGUCCUCGAGCUGCUAAAUAGUGAGGACUUCAAAAAGCACAUGCAAUAG